AUGUCUUACCAAGGCAAGAAGAAUAUCCCCCGUUUGUCGACUGAUCGCCUCAUUAUCAAAGGAGGAAAGAUUGUUAAUGACGACCAGUCUUUCUACGCAGACAUCUAUGUGGAGGAUGGCACCAUCAAGCAGAUUGGUGAGAACCUUUUAGUUCCAGGAGGGGUGAAGACGGUUGAUGCCUACGGACACAUCGUGAUCCCCGGGGGCGUCGACGUGAACACCAGCCUCCAGACCUCCCAGCUGGGCAUGAGCCCUUCAGAUGACUUCUACCACGGGACCAAGGCUGCCCUGGCAGGGGGCACCACCAUGAUCAUUGACCAUGUGGUCCCUGAGCAUGGUGCCAGCCUCCUGGGGGCCUACGACCAGUGGAAGGACAUAGCAGACAGGGGGUCCUGCUGUGAUUACUCCCUCCACAUGGACAUCACCCGCUGGCACGACGGACUCUUUGAAGAGAUGGAGCGUCUGGUGAAGGAUAAAGGAGUCAAUUCCUUCUUGAUCUUCAUGGCUUACAAGGACAAAUUCCAGAGCUCAGAUAGUCAGAUGUAUGAGAUUUUUGGUAUCAUUAGAGACCUGGGUGCCAUCGCUCAGGUUCACGCUGAGAACGGAGACAUCAUUGACGAGGAGCAGAAGCGACUACUGGAGAUGGGGAUCACUGGGCCUGAGGGACAUGUGCUGUGUCACCCAGAGGAGGUGGAGACAGAGGCAGUGUACCGGGCCAUCACCAUCGCCAAGCAGGCCAACUGUCCUCUCUACAUCACCAAGGUGAUGAGCAAGUCGGCUGCUGAUGUCAUUGCCAAGGCCAGGAAGAAGGGCAUGGUGGUUUAUGGCGAGCCAAUCACAGCCAGCCUUGGGACAGACGGAUCACACUAUUGGAGUAAGAACUGGGCUAAGGCUGCAGCGUUCGUCAUGUCCCCGCCCCUCAACCCAGACCCCAGCACCCCUGACUACCUCAACUCCCUGCUUUCCUGUGGAGACCUUCAGGUGACGGCCAGUGGCCACAGCACCUUCUCGACGGCCCAGAAAGCUGUUGGGAAAGACAACUUCACCCUCAUCCCUGAGGGAACUAACGGCAUCGAGGAGAGGCUCGCCAUCGUCUGGGAGAAGGCUGUGGCGACAGGCAAGAUGGAUGAGAAUGAGUUUGUUGCGGUGACGAGCACCAACGCUGCCAAGCUGUUCAACCUGUAUCCUCGUAAAGGAAGGAUCGCCGUGGGGUCAGACGCAGACAUCGUGAUCUGGAACCCCAAGGAGACCAAGACCAUCUCAGCCGCGACCCACGCACUGACAGUGGAGAUUAACAUCUUUGAGGGCAUGGAGGUCCGGGGAGCCCCGGUGGUAGUGAUCAGCCAGGGGAAGAUCGUCCUGGAGGGGGGCAAGCUGAACGUCACAGAGGGCUCUGGACGCUUCGUACCCAGGAAAGCUUACCCUGACUACGUCUACAAGAGGAUCAAAGCACGCAGCAAGAUGGCUGAUGCCCGUGGCGUCCCCCGAGGGAACUAUGAUGGACCGGUCCAUGACGUCAUCAGCAUGACUAAGUCAGUGCCGGCCACUCCCUCCAGCAGGGGGCCCCAGUGCCCAGGGAAGGGCCCCCUCGGCCCCACCAGGGACCUGCACCGGUCUGGUUUCACUCUAUCCGGAACUCAGAUUGACGACCACAUCCCCCGACGCUCAGCACAGAGGAUCGUGGCGCCACCCGGUGGCCGCUCCAAUAUCACCACCCUGUCGUGA